GGAAGAGUAAAGGGGAGGAGUGGCGUCUGUGAGAAAAGCAGGGGUGGCAGAGGAGAGAGGGGUACUGAGGGUUACAGAACCAGUCAUAGUUCCCCAGGAACUGAAAUUUAAGGACACCUGAGUGUGGCCUCAGUGGAAGCUCCCAGCCAUCAUGGUUCUUCUGCUCAUGUCUGUGACUGUGCUUCAUCUUUUCACUCUGGCCAUGCUGUUCAUCGCCACCAUGGAGAAGUUCUGGUGGGUUUGGUCCGAUGCUGAAAUCACAGACCUCUGGUCUAACUGCAUUCACGACAACGCAACGGGAAACUGGCUGUGUGCUGCCUCUAAUGAAAAUGACUGGCUGCAGGCAGUCCAGUCCCUGACUGUCCUCUCAGUGGUCUUUUCCUCUAUCUCCUUCCUGGUCUUCCUGGGUCAGCUCUUCACCAUGUCUAAAGGAGGGCUCUUCUAUUUCACAGGCCUCUGUCAGGUUUUUGCAGGUUUCACAUCAUUUGCCGCCUGUCUGAUCUUCACAUUCCACCGCAAGAAGAUCCUGGAUGACACCAGAGACCUGAGCAUUGGCCACUUUGGCUACUGUUUCAUUCUGUCCUGGUCCUGUGUACCGCUCUUGCUCUUCAGUGGAGUCCUGUAUGUUCACCUGCGCAAGAGGCAGUGAACUAAGACAUACAUGAGCAGCAUUAUUCAGUAUUACUCGGUAUUGUUAGUCUAUUAUCACUUGACUGUACACUCUUAGAAACAGGGUUCCAAAAGGAAUCUUCAGCUGUCUCCAUAGGAUAACACUUUUUGGUUCCACUUAGAACCCUCUGUGGAAUACAUUCUACAUGGAACCCAAAAGGGUUCUACCUGGAACCAAAAAUAGUUAUUCAAAGGGUUCUACUAUGGGGCCAGCUGAAGGACCCUUUUAGGUUCUAGAUAGCACUCUUUGUCUAAAGUGUAGUGAACAACAGAGACACAAUGUACGAUGUCUUUAUUUUAUCUGUGUUAAAUGUAUAUAUGUAUUGUGUACAAACAGUACUAUUACUGUAUCUGUGAAAUACUUUAAAUUGAGUCUUCAUUUUAUAGACUAUUCUUUACUGUAUGCAAUAUUGCUGCAGUUUGGGUUAAUUCGGUCAUUUCUGUGAUGAAGUAUUUGUUUGCAUAAAAUCUUCCUCGUGAUCAGCAAGACAUGCCUCAA